AUGGCAGAGAGAUUAGAAGAUUUAAAUUUACCUAAUAAUACAGUACAGAAAAUUAUUAAGGAGGCGCUUCCUGAAUCUGUUAAUAUAGGAAAAGAUGCCAGAUCUGCUUUGUCCAGAGCUGCUUCAGUGUUUGUUUUAUAUGUUACUUCUCAAGCAUCUAAUGAAGCUCAAAAAAAUAAUAGAAAGACGUUAAUUGCAAGCGAUGUUUUAAAAGCAUUACAAGAAUUGGAGUUUGAAAAUUUUGUAGAACCUUUAGAAGAAAUUUUAAAAGAAUAUAAAAAUUCCAAAUCAAAAAAGCAAGUUAAAAUUAAAAAACCUAGUGGUGAAGAACACACUGAGAUGGAAGAGGGUGAUGAAGUUCAAGAGGUUGUAGAUGAUGAAUAA